GUACAUGCGGUGCGGCCAGACCCUUUAUCUGAAGACUCGUCCCCUCCCUGCACGUCCGGAGCUGGGGCUGGACGUUUCCCUUCAAAGUUCUUUUUUUCUACCUCGACGUUUUUGGCAUCAUCUGCGUGUGGCGACAUAAUCAGCUCGAAAUGGAAGUAAAUCGGGACCCCGCAGCCGAAAAGGCCGAAGAGGCCGGCGGCAACGGCAUCAUCGCCGAUAGCGACAAAAUUGAAGAGGCGGGCAAUGUUGACGAAACCCAUAUUACGCGACGAAUCCUGCUGAAGAUGGAUACGAGGAUUUUGCCCGUUGUCUCACUCCUGUUCCUCUGUUCAUUCCUUGACCGCACCAAUGUCGGCAAUGCGAAGAUCAUUGGCCUUGAAGCAGACCUCCAAAUCACAAACCUGCAGUACAACCAGGGCCUGGCCGUGUUUUAUGCGACUUAUAUCGCGAGCGAACUCCCGAGCAAUCUCGUCCUCAAGAAGGUCACGCCCAAGAUCUGGCUACCCGCUCUCACUAUCGUUUGGGGCAUCAUCACUAUGAGCCUAGGGUUCGUGCGCAACUUUGGCAGUUUCUUCGCCGUCCGCGCCCUCCUCGGCAUCGCCGAGGGCGGCCUCCUGCCCGGCAUCGUCCUCUACCUGUCGGGCUUGUACACCCGCCAGGAGAUGGCAUUGCGGAUUGGCAUCUUCUAUACGGCUGCCUCGCUCUCGGGUGCUUUUGGAGGUCUCUUAGCUCGUGGGCUGUCAGCCAUUGGCCCGCGUGGCGGACUCGAGGGUUGGAGGUGGAUCUUUAUCAUAGAAGGGCUGAUUACCGUCGCUGCGGGCCUCAUAGCCUACCUUCUUCUCCCUACAAACAUUGUGACGGCGUCUUUCUUGGCCGACGAGGAAAAGACAUUCGCCUCCCUCCGGUUGCAAGGACGCACACUGUCAAGUCCCCCGAUUAGGUUCAAUCCCGUGCUCGAACGCGAAGAACGAUUCAAGUGGUCUGAAGUCUACCGCGGUGUCUUCAACAUCCAAGUUUGGUUCACAGCAACCGCGUACUUCGCUAUUCUGUCCGGCCUCUACAGCUUUGGACUUUUUCUGCCCACAAUUAUCAACGACCUCCACAUCACGUCUAACCCAAACCAGAGCCAGCUCUGGUCUGUCAUCCCGUAUGCAGUUGCUACACCCGUCACCGUGUUUAUCGCCUUCCUGUCGGAUCGCCUCAAGCUCCGUGGAGUCAUGAUGCUUUUCACGCUGCCAAUAGCCAUUAUCGGUUAUGCUGUCAUCGCCAACGUCACCUCGGCCAACACUCGCUUCGCCAUGACCAAUCUCAUGGCUAUCGGCAUGUACGGCAGCGUGCCGUGCGUGCUCGUUUGGAAUUCGAAUAACUCAGCCGGUCAUUACAAACGAGCCACCACGUCGGCGCUACAGCUGGCAAUUGCCAAUUGCGGCGGGUUUGUUGCUACUUUUGUGUACCCAACCAGCGAUGGGCCGCUGUAUCACAAAGGCCACACCAUCAUCCUCGGGCUGCUGGUGUAUGGCUGGUUUGCCAUCCUGGCGAAUGUGCUGUGGUGCAUGAAGAUUAAUCGGGACAAGAAAAACGGGAAGUACGCCGUAUUUGAAGGCAGCGGGGACGACAGAGACCCGUCGUUCAAGAUGAUUCUGUGAGCUUUCGAGGCUGUUCUGGAAUUGAAUAAUUUGAUAUUGGGUAAACGAAGGCACCUUGCUUUUAUGGAUUAGUCAAUGUCCGAACACUUGCGUUUCAUUCGACCAAUUCGUUGGUGAAUUUUCAUACUUACUUGCCGAUACCAUGAUUACCGACUUCGACUUGUUAAUCUGUAUCGUAUUUUCUGCCUACCUAUCUACCAACCUAGCCGGCUCAGGCAUCAACCAAAAAUGAAUUCAAAACCAGAAUAUGUUUUCCAUAUGAACACUGAC